AUGAGGAGAUUCAUACCUUCUCUCCUAUUGUGGGGGACACUAGCUAUUGUAAAUGGAAAAGAAUUCAAACCAAUUAUUCGAACAGAGAGUACAUCGGAACUCUUUGAACGUUCCAAGAAAAUCGAAGUCAUCGGCCCUACUAUAUUUCCGAAACCGACCCGAUAUUUGAAUGAAUCCGCUGUAGUGGUUGUAGAGCCUGCUAUUGGAAGACACAGGCCUGAUAAAGAUGUUGUCAUGGCCUACGCAGAAGGGUAUGGAUUGCCGUAUUACAUUUGUUUUAUUGAUACACUGCGGCAGACUGGUUUUGACGGGGAUAUCGUAUUGGCCAUUGCAGACUAUAAUCUACUUGAGGCGCACGUUUUGGAUUACUUGAAGGAACAGGAUAACGUCGUCGUCUACAUUCACGAAUUGCGUUGUUUCACUUCGAAAGGUGAGCACAGCCCACGUAUCAAGAAGAAUGGUCAACUCGAUAUUUUCCAAAUGUGCCAGCUGCACGAUGUAUAUGGAUGGAAAGAUGAGGACGGUAACGUGAUCGAAAAAGCCGAGGAUAAACGCAUUGGCAGAGUGGUAGCGACCCUUCGAUACGAAUGGUAUUGGAUUUGGGCUCAGGAAUACAACCCAGACUCUUGGAUCAUGCUCAUUGAUGCUCGUGAUAGCUACUUCCAAACGGAUCCAUUCGCUGACGUACCGAGAAAUCAAGGAGGACUCUUAUACUUCUUUGGAGAGAACACGGAGGCUACUAGACUUGGUAAAUCGACAAAGAACGCCAACUGGCUCCGAAGAAGUUAUGGCGAAGGAACGCUUCAAGCGCUGCAAGAAAAGCCCACAAUCUGUUCUGGAUCUACAAUGGGUGAGCAAGUAGCCAUCGAAACAUACUUGCGAGCCAUGGUGAAUGAAUGGGAUGAAACGGAUAUCAAAAUGACUGGAGCUGAUCAAGGUUUCCACAACUAUAUAUACUAUAGUAGCAAGCUUGCAAGCGCUGAAACCAUCAAAAGGUUGGUGGUCUGGGAACAAGGAAAGGGCAUCAUCAACAACCUUGGAGCACUCCGAACAAAGAAGUUUGAGGAGUGGGGGUUCUACGACACUGAGACGUCUGAUGUGUACAAUUGGGACGGAAGACUGAGUCCAGUGGUUCAUCAGUAUGAUAGAGAUAACCAUCUACACAAUCACAUUGUCCGCGAGCGGUUCAAGGACAUGAAGAACGAGUGGAUGAAGAACCAUAACAAAUAA